ACAAAGUUUACUACUGCAGUUUUAAUUAGAUCAAUUCAAUUGAUCAUUAGUGUUAUUGUACUUGGAUUAAGUGGUGGGUUGAUUAAUGAUUAUCUGUAUGGCAGAGGCAUAUAUAUACUUAUUAUAUCAGUAUUUAGUUUAGUUUAUCUUUUGGUUGUAUUGACUCCUUAUGUGAUACAGUACCUCCAACCAAUUGUGCUUAUAAUUUGUGAAGGUGUAUUUUUCAUAUUUUGGCUUAUUUCAUUUGCACUUAUUACUGAUGACACUGGAUCAAUAUCAUGUUCUGGAUAUUAUUAUGGGUUUUAUUAUGAUACUACAGAUUGUAAAAUCAGCCAUGCAUUAAUUGCAUUUACCUUAUUUGGAUGGUUAAGUUUUAUAGUUUCAUUAGCGUUACUGGUAAUUUACUCAAUUAUACCUUUAAAUACCUCAGGAGGAAUUAGCUAUUUAACUGAAUUUAAUAUUUUGCAAUUAGGAGGAAUUUACCCC